UCUUCCAUUUUUUUUUCUGGUUGCGGGGGAACUUAGAACCAAACCAUGGAUUACUCCGUCUGUUUACUUUUACUGCUGUCAACCAUCUCGUCUGUGUCGGACGGGACAAUUUCCCACCUCGCAGAUAAUAAAGGAAUGGGUGGAUCAGAUGCAGAAAGAGUUGAUCACGUUAACAGAUACAGCCAGUGGUCUGGAAAACCUAAUACAGAUUUAUCAUAAACACAGACCUCACUUCAGUGUUGAAACCAACAAUCCAGCACAACUGGUGGCAACAGCUGCCGGGAAUAUAGAGAAGCUGCUGGCUAACCGCUCCCAUGCCUUAAGGAGGAUGGCAAUGGAAGCAGAAAAGUUUCAGAUGGACCACGUGUGGCGGGGCGACAGCGAGGUCGACAAAAUCGUUUACUACAAUGCCAAAGAUGACCUCAAUCAGACAGAGGACGGAAAGGGAAGGAAGAACAAAUAUCUUCCGGACGACUUUGAGAUAGACCCCGACUUCAAGCGACCCGUCUCGUACAACACCACCGCCGUCCACAUCCCCACGGACAUAUACGAAGGCUCCACCAUCAUUUUGAAUGAGCUGAAUUGGACGGAGGCCCUGGAAGAUGUUUUUCGGAAAAACAAAGAGGAAGAUCCCUCAAUACUCUGGCAGGUAUUUGGCUCGGCCACCGGACUGGCUCGCUACUUCCCAGCUUCCCCUUGGAUCUCCUCAAGGAAUUCAGCCGAUAAGAUCGACCUCUAUGAUGUUCGCAGGCGACCGUGGUACAUUCAGGGCGCAGCGUCACCCAAGGACAUGCUGAUCCUGGUGGACGCGAGUGGCAGCGUUUCGGGCCUCACCCUCAAACUCAUCCGAACAUCGGUCAGCAAGAUGCUGGAGACCCUCUCUGACGACGACUACGUCAACGUGGUCUACUUCAACGACAAGGCCGAGCACGCGGCCUGCUUCAGGAACCUGGUGCAGGCCAACGUCCGCAACAAGAGGAUGCUGAAGGACGCCGUGCAGAGCAUCACCGCCAAGGGCAUCACCAACUACCGCGGCGGCUUCGAGAUGGCCUUCGAGCAGCUCGCGCAGAUGAAUGUGUCGAGGGCCAACUGCAACAAGAUCAUCAUGCUGUUCACCGACGGGGGAGAAGAGAGGGCCGAGGAGAUCUUUAAAAAGUAUAACCCCAAGCAAGCGGUGCGCAUCUUCACAUUUUCAGUAGGUCAACACAACUACGACAAAGGGCCGAUACAGUGGAUGGCCUGCGCGAAUAAAGGUUACUAUUACGAGAUCCCAUCCAUCGGUGCCAUCAGGAUCAACACUCAGGAGUACCUGGAUGUUUUGGGCAGGCCGAUGGUCAAGGCUGACCGAAGGGCCAAGCAGGUCCAGUGGACCAACGUCUACUUGGACGCACUGGGUCUCGGCCUGGUGAUCACCGGCACCGUGCCCGUCUUCAACAAGACCAACACGGGCUCAAAGAAAUCUCAAAACCAGCUCAUCCUGGGCGUUAUGGCCAUCGAUGUGUCCCUGGAAGACAUCAAGAGACUGACGCCUCGAUUUACUUUUGGACCCAAUGGCUACUACUUUGCCAUUGACGCCAACGGAUACGUGCUGCUCCACCCUAAUCUCCAGCCAAGGACGGGCGAGUUUGAUGAACCUGUAACGCUUGACUUCCUGGAUGCUGAGCUGGAGAAUGAGAUCAAAGUGGAGAUGAGAAAAAAAAUGAUCGACGGUUUAACGGGGAAUUACACAAUAUCUACAUUGGUGAAAUCUCAAGAUGAGCGCUACAUUGAUUUAGGUCAGAGGAUGUACACCUUUGCGCCAGUGACGGGAACCGAUUACAGCCUCGCUCUGGUCCUUCCUGACUACAGUAUGCAUUACAUCCGGGCCAAAAUCGCUGACACAAUCACCCAAGCCAAAUUUUCUGAAAGCCUGAUGGCGGACAAGUUUGAUGAAUACGGCUAUACAUUCAUCGCACCGAGGAUGUACUGCAAGGACCUAAAGCUUCCCGACAAGAACCAAAACAACACCGAGUUCCUCAUGGAGUUCAACGACUACAUUGACACAAAGACGCCCAACAACCCCAUGUGUAACGUGGAGCUGGUGAACCGAUUGCUCCUGGAUGCCGGCAUCACCUCAUCUCUCAUCAAGCAUUGGAAAACCACCGAAUCGCAGCAUGGUGUCUUAGCCCGGUUCGUUGCCACCGAUGGAGGGAUCACACGGGUCUACCCAAAAAGCGCUGGGCAGUACUGGGAAAAGGAAGCCGAGACGUACGAGUCAAGUUAUUACAAGAGAAGUUUGGACAACGAUCUGUACAUCUUCACUCCAACGCCCUACCUCUCCAAAGAGAACAGCAGCGAGGACUCUGUUUUGGUGAGCAAAGCGGUAAACCUCAAAGUCGAUGGUAUCCCUCUCAAACCCGCUGUGGUCGGCGUGAAGCUGGACAUCGGUGCCUGGAUGGAGAGCUUCAUCAACACGACGCAGAAGAGCAACUGCAACGAUGAGAUCUGCGGCUGUCAGCGUAACAAUGCGAAUAUAGACUGUGUCAUUCUGGACGACGGGGGCUUCCUGGUGAUGUCCAAUCGAGACGAACACAUUGACGAGAUCGGCCGUUUCUUUGGUGGCAUCGACCCGAUCCUCAUGGUGAACCUGGUCAACUCGUCUCUAUUCACCUUCAAGAAGACUUUUAACUACCAGUCGCUCUGUCACCCCGAGAAAGAGAGCAAGGCGGCUGCAGGCCUGCGAUCCGUCUAUGUGCCCACAGUUGCAGAUAUUUUGAAUUUGGGGUGGUUGGCGUCAGCCGCAGCUUGGUCAAUAAUGCAACAGUUACUGGUCAGCAUCACGUUUCCCAAUUUCCUGGACGCAGCCGAGAUGGACGACGAACCGUCUGAUGCCAAGGGCCAAGAGGUCUGCAUCAAGGAGCAAACCCAAUACUACUUUGAGAACAACGUCACGUCUUUCGGAGGAACGAUCGACUGUGAAAACUGCACCAGACUCUACCACGCCGAAAAGCUGCCCAAGACGAACCUGGUCUUCAUCAUCGCUGAUGCAAAAGUCACCUGCUCGUCCUGCGACACCAAGCCGCUGAUUCAGGAAGAGCAGCAGUCAAAUGGCCCUGAUCCCUGUGACAUGGCGAAGAAUCCCCGCUACAGGAAAGGGCCCGCGGCUUGCUUUGACAACAACGAACACGAGAAGGACCCUGACUGUGGCGGGGCGUCCGGCCUGAGCCCCUCGCUCUGGCUGACGGUGGCCCUUCAGCUGGCUCUGCUCUGGGUUUUCACUGGCUCCAGACCCCAUAGCGUCCCGUCAUGACCUCUGAAAAUGCUCAUCAACCCCCCCCCCCCCUCUCUCUCUCUUUCUCUCUGUCUCUCUCCCUCUGAUUUCUUCGAAAACGGCAACCAGCAUGCAACGCUGCCACCGGAACGACAGACACCCGAUGAGAAGCGUCGUCUGCGUCGGGUUUCUCCUUUUUGAUACCUUCAUUUUCAGGGGAUUCUCAAGGUGAUUUCACCAGGUUCAAGAAAGAAGUGUGUCGAAUGAAAUGUUGACUGGAAGAUAUCUUUGAACGACAAAGAAAGACCUCAACAUUUGCCUUCCGUUCGUGGCUCCGAUUGGCCCCCGGCAGCUGAGAUUAGAGGAACCCAGAGAUUCGUUUUUCGAUUGGCGACUCCUGAACUUUUGUCAUUGCCUUAUAUUAUCAGAGGGUUCAAAAUCCCGAUGGGUAGAGGGGAAGGGGGCGGGGGGGGUCUGACUGUUUAUUAAAGAUGUCGAGCAGCGCUGCCCUUUUGCAAGCGCGAAUCAAUUUGCAGUGAGUAGUUCUUAGAUAUUUAUUAUUUUGUGAUUGAGGAUUUGGCCAAAUUGCAGUAAGAGAUGCCAAAUUGUUACAUCACACACCCGCGUGCUUCAUUUUUCCCCCGUUGGGUUGCUGAAAACAACGUUGUCCUGGUCUGAUUUCUUUCGACAGCACUUUGCAGAACAUUUUCACAGUGUCCCUGAGGGUCUUUUCUAACCCCCCCCCUCAUCGUUCUUUCAUGUUGAUACUGUACUUGUGCAUUUCACUGUUCAUUGUUAUUGUUCGUGCACAGAAACCAACCGUUCUACUGCCACAGGGCCGGCUCCUGACUGUACAGAUGUUGUCACGUUGUAGCCGAGCAUCUAGUCAUCCAGAGUAGUAAAUCACCUCAAGGUCUCGAGUGCCGCGCGGCCCCCGCGUGACUCGUGCGGCUUCUGAGCGCAAGGACGCGUGUUCGUAUAGUUUUUGUCUUUGUUUUCAUUUGAAUGAAGCAUUGUGACGGCGUGCUACUUCAAUGCCAACACUGAAAAAAUGAAAAAUGAAUGAAGGGGGAUGUGAGUUUGUAUUUGACUUUUUGGUCGACAACAAAAAAAAGAAAAAGGAAAAACAUGUGUAUGUAUUCACAGCAGUCGCUUUUUCAAUCAAAUGACUACUAUCUGCACUGCAUUUCAAAGUGCAGCUGUUAUUUGGUCCUUACUGGAGAACAACAUUUAUCUCUUUCUAGUAGUGAGGUUUCCUCUUGUAACUUAUAUUACUGUGGUAUUCUAUAUCGCCCCAGAGAAAUCACUGCAGUCAGUCGCUGCUUGUGAUCUUCUUUACUGCUGUAUUCUGUUUUCUCCACUAGAAACCCUUUUCAACUCGUUUCAUUAUGUGUGCCUUGUUUUCCAUUUGGUGAUAAAUUACAGAUGUUUUACUGUAAAAGCUUUUAUUGAAAUAGUGUCAUCUUGUUUGCAGUUUAGUCAAUUUAGUCAAACCGCUGCUGCAGAGCAAAAUAAAUCUGAUAAAAACAAUUAAAAGCAAAUCAUUUCACAGGACCAAAUCAGGAAUCUUAAAGCAGCUACACGCCAACGCAGUACUAACUAUGUCAAAGGGAGUUAAAUAAUAAUAAUAAUAAACAACUUUCAGGAUGAAAAUGUAAAUCCAUCCUUAUGUUGCAAUAUGUGGAAACCUACAGGCCUUUCUCCGUUUAAUUCACGUAUCUACGUAUGGACUUGAGGACAAGGAUUGAUGAAGAGGCGUCAAUUCAAGUAGGCAGGAAAUAAUAUAUCAGGCAGAUAUAAACCGUGACCAUAAAAGUGUCAUUUUUACUUGAAACAGCUGCACUUGAUGGUUUGCUUUUUCAGAUUCCAAACAUCAACAGAGGAACAAAUUUGGGGAUUUUGAGGAUGCCUCAUACACCACAAAAACACAUCUGUAUCUUUGUGUUUAGUGUUUAGUGCUGGAGUAUGUUUAUAGGAGACAACCACACAUUAUUCUCUACAGAAUUAUAACUGCUGCUGCGUCAUACUGGCCACGUCAGUUUUUAUAUCAGUAGUGUCUCCACGUCCGAUCAAGACGUGCUGGUUGGUCCGUUUUCUUUUUUGACAAAGCUCCGCCGUCAUCGACUGAAACUCUUCUGUGUGCACUUCUUUACUCUAACCCUGUAUUCAUCCAACAAAAUCAGCGGUAUUAACGCUCUUCAUUUACUAACUUACUCAAGAAUAUAAAGUGCCAUAUGGGGCCCUCUUGUUCUCUCGUGGAGAAACCUAUUAUCGUAAUAUCACAUUUAUGCAACUUACCAAUACAACACGUACGUCUCAUGGACCGUGUCCCCGCGCUGCGCGGUAGUGGCUUUACAAUCUAUUCACGCCUCCUGCUUCAGUGUGUGAUGUUGGGAAGGAUAACAUUCUGCAUUCGUAUUGUGAUGAUCAGCUAUUACUGCCUUUCUCUUGGGAGGCGGGACAGCGUUUGGCUCCACCCUCCUCCCGGGUCAGCUGGGGAAAAGAGAAUCCGAUUGGCCAGAUUGAUGUUUAAAUGCGUUAACCAACCUGUCGGAUUUGCUCAAGCCAUUUAUGAGUCGGUGUUACUUCAUGACCAUACCGGUGGUUUAGCAACGAUUACACUGCUAUCUGCUAAUAUCUCAUCGAUUCAGACAUUCAUGUUUCCUGCUGAGUCCCGAUGACAUUGCUCACCAUCGGGUCGUCUCGGGUUGCGGCACAGAGGGAAACGUCUCCACGGCUGUUUGGUUCGUUGCCAUUCAGCUGGUUUGAAUUGUUGACCUUCCUGUAAUCCCUGGAAUAUGUUCAAAAGUUCAAUUUGUUCAACAACUUGGUUUAAAUACUUUUUAAAACGAACCGCGUUGCAGUCGGCCUUGAUCUCAGCUGCUUCCUGCUGUGAAAGUAAAAAUAAGAAAGCAACAUCGACUGAAAAUAAGUUGAAAAUAAUGUUGUUGACGCGCUGCACACACAGCUGCUGGUUCGGCUGCAGACUCACCAAACGAUCCCAUCAGAGCUGCAUUUUUCCUUCAAACAGUUUGCAGAGUCUUCAGUCUGCUUCUCAAUGAAAUGUUUUUGUUUUUUACAUGACACACGUGUGAACAGUGAGUGCCGUUGGUGAUGUCGUGGGUUCCGUGUGGGAAAGUAAUGGAAAACGACGCCUGCCUGAAAAGUCGGAAAAGACCUUCAAAGGUAGAACAAAAGUUGACAUGGUCAUUAUUAAUCAAUAUACAUUAGUUCCUAUUAAGACCAUUAUAACCUAUCGUGGUGUAACUUG